UGAACAGCUACGGGUGUUGGGGGGGGGGCAGAGAAAGAACACCUGAACACCUCACCUUCCACUGUACGACCUUUGACAAUGCACUGCCUGAAAAGUUUUCGAACCACUAACCUGGGAAUCCUGCAGCUGUUUAAAAAUGCAGGGAUCACCGCCAGACCUGGAGCUGACGCCGGCGUCCUGUCCCGGACACAACCUGCCGCUCCUGCCCCCUGCUGGGUCAUAGCAUCACCCGUCAUCCACAGAGCCUUCCACCAGCAGCAGGGCCCAGAUGUGGACCAAGGACACUCCAAGAGCAGACUGAUAUCCAGUAUGGAGGACCUACUGUUCUACACCAUCACUGAGGGCAAAGACAUGGUCCCUCUGUCCCACUUCAUUACUGCUCUGAGGAAAACCGGUCUGCUGACCUCUGACCCUCGGCUGCGGGACUGCGUCCUUCAGAUGAGACGGUACUCGCGGGAAACUGCCGGUCCUCACAUGAUGGACAAGAAGCUGUUUCAACGGUUUGUGGCCAACAACAUGAUGCUGCUGACCAAGGCCUUCAAACAGAAGUUCAUCAUCCCAGACUUUGAGCAGUUCACUCAGCAGAUCGACCAGAUCUACGACCGGGCUCAGCUGCAGGACGGAGGACAGGUCGCUGAUUACAUUCCUCAGCUGGCCAAGUUCAACCCUGACCUCUGGGGGGUGUCACUGUGCACCAUCGACGGACAAAGACACUCGGUCGGCGACACCAAGAUUCCCUUCUGUUUGCAGUCGUGCGUGAAGCCCCUGGAGUACGCCGUCGCCCUGCACGAACUCGGGAGCGAAGCCGUUCACCAGUUUGUGGGAAAAGAGCCGAGCGGAUUCAGGUUCAACAAACUGUCGCUGGAUGAAGAAGAUAAACCUCACAACCCCAUGGUGAAUGCAGGAGCGAUCGUCAUCAGUUCUCUAAUUAAGAACCUUGUCUUUACCGACACCAUUCUGUUGCAGGUGAUGGAGUUCCUGAAGGAAAUGACUGGUUCAGAGUACGUCGGCUUCAGUAACGCUACUUUUCAGUCAGAGAGGGAAACCGGUGACAGGAAUUACGCCAUUGGUUAUUACCUGAAGGAGAAAAAGUGUUUUCCCGACAACGCAGAUAUGAUCGCAGCCCUGGAUUUCUACUUCCAGCUGUGUUCCAUCGAAGUCACCUGUGAGUCAGGAAGCGUCAUGGCGGCCACGCUGGCCAACGGCGGCAUAUGUCCAAUAACGGGGAAGCGUGUGCUGAGCGCUGAAGCUGUUCGGAACACUCUGAGCCUCAUGCAUUCCUGUGGCAUGUACGACUUCUCUGGACAGUUCGCUUUUCACGUGGGCUUGCCUGCUAAAUCUGGGGUGUCGGGUGCAGUCCUGCUGGUCGUCCCCAACGUCAUGGGUAUGAUGUGUUGGUCUCCGCCGUUAGACCGCAUGGGAAACAGUGUUCGUGGAAUUCACUUCUGUCAGGACCUGGUUUCUCACUUCAACUUCCACAAUUAUGACAACCUGAGACACUUCACUAAGAAACACGACCCUCGGAGGAGGUCCGACGACGAUCAGAACAAGCUGGUGGUGAAGGUCAUGUUCGCAGCCAACAGUGGUGACGUCUCUGCUCUGAGAAGGUUCGCCCUCUCAGAAAUGAACAUGGAACAGAGAGACUACGACUCUCGGACGCCGCUCCACGUCGCAGCAGCCGAAGGUCACGUGGAAGCCGUGAUUUUCCUGACUGAAAUCUGUAAAGUGAACCCUCACCUGAAGGACAGAUGGGGGAACACACCACUAGAUGACGCCAUGCAGUUUGGCCACGACGUCAUCGCUUCGGUCCUGCAGGAAUACCAGCUGGUGUUCACGGACAAGGAGUCGGAGGAGAAGACUCCGCUGGACACACUGAAGAGCAUCAUCUGAACCCAGGAGCGUGGUUCAAACUGAGGGGCGUGGUUCAAACUGAAGAGCAUCAUCUGAACCCAGGAGUGUGGUUCAAACUGAGGGCCAUCAUCUAAAUCGAGGAGCGGUAUUCAAAUUGAGAAGCGAAAUCAGAACUGAGGAGGGUGGUUCAAACUGAGGGGCAUGGUUCAAUCGGACAGAGACCAGAUAAUGGUGGUGAAGAGAAGUGAGGAACCAGUGAUGGUGAAUUAGUCGGUUCCAGAGUAGAGGUAAAGUUCUGUGUCAGUAAAGUUCUAUACGAGGGGGUUGAAGGCGAAGGUUGUUUCAACCCGUGGUGCAGCAGCAGGGUGACGUGGUUUAGACCGAGGCCCUGCUCAACACACAGGUGUUAAUAUCAAAUAUAUUUUAGUGUCGAGUGUAUUUAUAAAUAUAGUUCUUUCUGCUUUUACUUCUGCUGAAGUCAGAAUAUAUAUAUAACAACUGUACUUUAUCACAGCUGACCUAAUCAGGUUACAGUAGCUACCACCGGAGGGCGCACCCGUACCAAAAGUGGUACGAGUGCCACAGUUUCAGAAACCUACCGACCUGCCACAGAAACAACAGAGCAGUGUUGAAAACAGAUGACGAUGAUUCAAAUAUGUAAAUAUGUAUCUAUUGGUUGUAAAUAAAAAAAUUAUAAUUA